AUGAAGACUUCUGCCGUUAUUGUCGCUGCUUGCGCUGCCGUCGCUGGAGCCGUGCCCACGUAUCGCUUCGGCAACUGGAACUCUACCGUCGUUAACUGGAACACAUCAACUCCUACCAACUGGAACACUACUACCGGUAUCAACUGGAACACGACGACCAUUGUCAACUGGAACUCGACGGCCAUUGCCAACGGAACUGUCGCUGUCAACACAACAGUCAUCGCGGCUUCUGCUCCUUCUACUCCUUAUUACCCCAACACCACUGUCAGCAUCAACAACACUUGGGUGAACCAGAACGAGACUCAUCUUCCCCCCGUGUUGAUCCGUCGUUUCCGAGCCCUGAGAAAGACGGUGGUCUAA